CUAUUACUUGCGAGAUUUUUUACGUUUGGGUAUCAAUUUCAUGGGUCAUUUUCCCUCAUCUUUUGGAAACAAGUACAUUUUAGUGGUUGUGGACUAUGUCUCGAGGUGGGUUGAGACUCAAGCUCUACCCACCAAUGAUGCAAGCUCUACCCACAAGUGAUGCAAGAAGAGUAUGCGAACACCAAGCUUGAGGAGUGGCGUCAUCAUGCCUAUGAGAACACUAAGUUGUACAAGGAAAGAACAAAGCACCUACACGAUGCUCGAAUGAAAGGGGACAAGGACUUUUAACCGAUGGAGGAGGUACUAAUGUACAACUCCAGGCUCUGCAUGGUGGAAAUUCAAAGUGAACAGUCGCCACCUCAAACAUUACCUCCAAGGUGAGUUAAUUCCACAAAAGGAGGUGGUGCUACUGCAAGACAUCUACUCCCAAAGCUCCGUCUAGCUUAAAACGUUAAAUUCGCGCUUGUUGAGAGGCAACCCAACACUAUUGUGAGUUUUCCUUCUUUUAACUGUGAUGUUAAAUAUUGUUAUGUGUAAUAACCCCGCCUCGAGCGAGAAUGUGAGUGUGUUUGUUGUGUUUACUUCUUUUUGAAGCUCUAAAUAUCCUACCUCGGCUUAUGUCCAACUUUCACUUGCCAUUAUUCGGUAACUUCUUCUGCCAACCUUUUUUCUCCAUUGAGUACAAUGGCGUGCUUAAGUGGGGAGGGUGUAUCAUUUGCGAUUGGCAUGUGAAUGUGUUUGUGAAUGCUUGAUCAAAGUGGUCGGGUUAUAGAGAAUCUAGUGCUUAUUGGCAUUGACCUUGGAUUGAUUGCUUGCGAUUGAGUGCAUCAUAUUAUGAUGAUUGAGAAUUGCAUUAUCUUGGUGCAAAUGUUUAGUUCUCAUAUGUGUGGAAAUGAAUGGAUGUCUUGACUUGAGAACUCAUUGACUUCAAUUGCCAUGCAUCGAAAUUUUGAAAUUGUAAUAGAUGAUUGGGUGACUAGGUAGCCAUGUGAGAUUUGUGCCGAUCGUCUUUUUCUUGUGUAAUAGAUUCAUCUUACCAUGGCGAGUAACAUUAAUGUUGUCAUUGGCGAGUAUGAUGGAGUAAUAGGAUUAGUCCACGCCCAAAAUUUGAUUGUCCCCAAACAUUAUAUCCCCUAAUCAACCCCUUUGAGCCGUGUAACGUAGGGUCGUUCUCUAGUAGGAGCUUUUGCUACUUGAGCUUAAUUGAAAUUGAUAGAGCGACCCUUUGCUUUCUUUGUGUCUAAACCGUUGUGAGUCAUCCUUCUGUCUUGGAGCUCUCAUUCUUGAGCUCCAUUGAGGUUCUACAUAGGUGGAUUUUGUACGGUUUCUACCAGGAAUGAAAAGGUAGUGUUGGAGGAAAGUUCUUAAUGGUGAGCAUUGCUCGUAAGUUCUAAAAGGUGGGAUGUGUUUAGUUCUGAAAAGAAAAGAAAAGAAAAAGAAGUGAAAAGAGGUAAUAAUAGGGGUAAAUAAAAGUAGAGAGUUGCCACAAAGUUAUUCUAUAUGCUCUAUAAAGGUGUUUCUUGCCACCCAAGCUUUUGAAACGCCUACUUGCUUAUUGACCUCCUUCACUACUAUGCUUGAAAGGUUGUUAGCAGGUUUAGCCGAGAAAGUGUGCUUGAAUGUAGUUCGUGGUUGGUAGUGGUUUGGAAGAAGGGAAGUGUGGUUUUUGGCCGAUGCCAGUGGCAGUUGCUUGUAAGAAACGUCCUAAUCGAAACCAUAAGACCUUGUGUUGGUUUUAGGUUGAAUAUGUGGAACCUCAUACUAUCUUUUCCACCACCAAAAAGGCUUUUUCCCUAUGUUCAAGACCAUUGCCAAUCAUUUGAACCUGUGUCUAAGACCUCCAGACAAGCUAGUGACGACAACCAUCGUAUGAACUCUAACAUUAAGAGGUUUUCGUCGUGGUGAAGAGACAAUAAGGUUGAGUGUUCAUCUCUUGCAUCAAAUGGUCCUGACCCCACCGGUCGAGAGUGAGUGAUUUAUUCACAUUUUGUAUGUUCAUAUCUUAUCCCGGUGAGGACCUAGUUUACUCAUUCGUUUGUUCCUAUGGCUUGAUCUUUAUGUAUGGAUAAUUGUGAUUUUUCAAUGGUUUUGUCAAGGUAUGUGUUGGUUUGUGAACAGAGUGAGACCUUUUCAUUUGCACAUUCUUAAUGAAAUCGAAUGUUGUUUGCGGUGGUUGCCAAUAUUGCUUGUGAUUGUCCAUGUGUUGAUGCCCAAUAACCAUUGAGAUUCAUCCACUUUUAGCCCUUUGAUAUGUCCCCAAGUUAUUUUGUUAACUUGCGAUAUUACCUAGUUUGAAAUUGGUUUGCUUGGGGACAAGCAAACAUCUAAGUUUGGGGGAGUGAUUCGAGUCCAAUUGCACACAUUUCUUCCCAUAUUCUUUAGAUGGUUGAGGCAUUUUGUCUCCGUGAGGUUCAGUUUUAUGCUAGGUUGUGCUUGUUCUAGUGUGUUUCAGAUCCUAGCAGGUGGAAUCGACCUCGGGAACGAAAGUUGGACGAAACGGGCAAAAAUGGAUCAAAGGGAGCAAACAACCAAGGAUCAUGGUGGAAGCUAGAUGUUCUCGGUCAGGCCGAUCGUGAUAAAGAGGCUGAGACCGUGAAGAGCAAGGCGAUCAGGAAAGUUUUUGUGCCUCGCUGGCUUAAGAGAAAUCGCGGUUGAUUUGGGAAUCAAGGUGGAAGCUAUAUGUUCAUGGUCAUCCAAGCUUCAAGAUUUGGGAAUCUCAUCCACCCGGGUUGAUUUCUACACCCAAGGAAGAAGGCAAAUAUCUCAAGAUGGUCUUUUCUCUUCUCCUUUGUGUAUUCCCUAGUCUUAGCAUGGAGUAGUUCCCUUCUUUCACUUAGAUUUUUGUGAAACCUAGCUAGAACUUAUGUGAUUGAUUUUAUGAAUUGAGUGUUUUGUGUGCGGUUUGUGUUUUAAUGCAACUAUUGAGGUAUUUUCAUGAAGGUUGAGUUGUGUUUCCCAUUUCUCACUAUCAUGCCAUUUUGACCUAGGUAGAGGGAAAUCUCCCUUCUUGCUGAGAGGUUUUUGAAAGACGGAAUUCCUUGACGAAAUUGAGCCACCUACUUAGGCCGAAUUUGGGCAAACCUCAUACCACAUUUUAGCACCUUGUUGGUUGUAGUUUAGCCGCCUGGACUAAGGUUCGAGGGAGAAGUCUUGGCAACCCUUAGUCGAUUGGCCAAGAGAGCUACUUCAUUAGCUUGAUUUGAUUUACCUUGGCCUAUCGACCAAGAGAGUGAAGCUCUUUCACUAGUUUCGCUCUCCUACGGUUUACAACCACUUUUCCACACACCUGCAUUCUUUUUGACUAAUCUUGAUACCUAGAUAGGAAGAGCAAGAUCCGAGUGAAGUCUUCUGAAUUAGUGUUCAAAAACAUUUACCUUUUCCCUUGUUUUCAAUUCUAAUCCGUAGUUUUAACUAAAAAUUGAUUUCUAGAUAAUGUUUCAAACAGUUGAAGUAGGAGUACAUGGACCGGCCCGGGUUUGACAUUUAUAUAUUUGCUCCAUACUGCACCCGACUAGAGUUUAUACUCGGGCUCUAGUUUGGACUUUAAAUCAUGGUGUAGUAGUAGUGAGUUAUCUCGAGUUGUAUUUCUUAAAAGUGUGUGCAGGAAGGUGUAUGACCUGGAGUAAUCCGACACCUUUGGCCCCCCUAGACGAGAACCUCCACCGAAAUCUCCGACUCUUGAAUCAGGAGAGGGAGUUGGGAGAAGCAAGAGGAACAAUAGCAGAUCGGGGGCAACCAAAAGUUGAACCUAAAGUUGAAUUACUAGUUGAGGAGGAAGUUGAAUUGGAAGAAGAAGUUGAGGUUUAGAUGGCGGAUAAUCAACACGCCCAAGAGGAGAAUGAGGAAUCGAGGACCAUGGGCUACUAUAUGGCUCCACGGGCUGAGGAUAUUCAACCAAGCAUCUUCAAUCCACUCGUGGCCGCCAACAAUUUCAAGAUUAAGCUUGGCCUCAUCACGAUGAUCAAGCACAACAUUCAGUUCCAUGGGCUUAAGGAUGAGUCUCCAAGGGAGCAUGUCUAGUGAUUCCUUGAGAUAGCAGGAAGUUUGAAGAUCAAUGGGGUAUCCGAAGAAGCCCGAAAGUUUAGGCUUUUCCCCUACUCUAUUGUGGGGAAAGAGCUUUGAUGGCUCAAUAAUAGGCCACCUCUCUCGAUUACCUCAUGGAACGACUUACUUAAUAAGUUCAUGUGUCCACCUUCCAAGAAGGAAAAAUGGCGUAAGAAGAUCACUCACUUUUCCCAAGAGGAGGACAAGACUUUGAGGUAUGCAUGGGAGAGGUACUCUGAUUUUUCCCUCCAAUGCCCACAUCACGGGUUUGGAGAGCAGUUUCGGAUUGAAACCUUCUACGAUGGUCUUCAUCGAGAAGAUAAGAUUCUCAUUGACUCUUUGUGCCAAGGGAACUAGAUGAACAAGACUCCAUCCGAAAAGACUGCCUUAUUUGAGGAUAUGGAGACAAAGGGGUGUGAUUGGGGUUUGACGAGACGUGGUAGAAGGAAAGCCGAUAGAGGAGUACACCCCAUGGAGGAAAAUCCUCCGCCCGCCGAUAAGAUUGAUGAUUUGAUAUCUAUGCUUCUACAAAAUAAGAAGCAAUGCAAAGUCGGUGAUGGCGUGUGAUUGUUUCAAGUCCCAACCACGAGAUUGUGGAGUGCCAAUUGAUGAAGGAAGCAAGCACUCCGGAAGAACAAGUGAGCUUCAUCGCCAAUGCUAGAGGGGUCAACAACAACAACAACCCUUAUAGCAACACUUAUAAUCCGGUCUAUGCACCCCUACUUCAAUCGUAUGUAACAUUAUCUAGCAAUCAAUUUUUAGUGGAAACUACGAAUUACAAUUGAAAGCAAGUGAAAAGGUAAAUGGUUUUGAAAACUAUAUGAGAAAAUUUCGCUCGGGUGUUGCUUCCCUAGCUAAAUAUCAAGAUUAGUCGAAAAGAAUGCAAGUGUGCAGAAAAGUGGUUGUAAAUCGUAGGAGACCGCAACUAGUGAAGUAGCUUCACUCUCUUGAUCGAUGGGCCAUGGAAUGUCCAAUUAAACUAACGAAUUAGCUCACUUAGCCAAUCGAGUAAGGGUUGCCAAGGCUACUCCCUCAUACGUUAAUCCGGAUGGAAAAACAACAACCAACUUAAAGAGAUAAGACGAAGUUUGAGGUUUGCCCUAAUUCAGGCUAAGUAGGUGGCUCAAUUGGCCAAGAAAUUCCAGCUUAUAAAAACAUCUUAGCAAU